UGGUUCCACUACAAAGCGGCAGCCAUUUCUUCCUCUUUCGAUUUCUCCAAAGCGUCUCUCUGUCUCUUGCUCUCCGCUGUGUCUUAGAAACCCUAGAUCGAGCAUCAGGAAGACUAAUCUGGAAGCUUUAAUCUCAUAAACCAAGUGAAAUUUUCUCUCCAGGUUGGCUUCUCAAAGAUAGUUCAAAAUGGUUGAUAGCAACGCAUCUUCAGGAUCACCUGAAGAAACUCCAAACCCUAAUCCAGAUGGAAAUGCACCUUCCGAGAGUGACGUUACCCUCGAUGCUUUAGCUCGAAAAGUUCAAGAGUCUCUUUCACUCGGACAGAAACAUAAGUUUUGGGAAACCCAGCCAGUUGGUCAGUUCAAGGAUCUAGGGAAUAGCAGCUUGCCUGAAGGCCCAAUUGAGGACCCAACACCCUUGUCUGAAGUCAAACAAGAACCAUACAACCUUCCCAAUCCUUAUGAAUGGAUCACUUGUGAUAUUAACUCUGAAGAGAUGAUUACUGAAGUUUAUAACCUUCUUACAAAUAACUAUGUUGAGGAUGAUGAAAACAUGUUCAGAUUUAACUAUUCAAAGGAGUUUCUUCGCUGGGCACUACAUCCUCCGGGUUAUUUCCGUAGCUGGCACAUAGGUGUCCGUGUCAAAACUUCAAAGAAGUUGGUUGCCUUCAUUACUGGUGUUCCUGCAAGAAUUCGGGUCCGUGAUAAUGUUGUUAACAUGGCUGAGAUCAAUUUCCUAUGUGUUCAUAAGAAGCUUAGGUCGAAGCGACUUGCUCCUGUCAUGAUCAAAGAGGUGACAAGGAGGGUACACUUGGAGAAUAUUUGGCAAGCAGCUUAUACUGCUGGGGUCAUUCUUCCAACCCCAGUAUCAACUUGCCAGUAUUGGCACAGAUCUUUGAAUCCAAAGAAGCUUAUUGAUGUUGGAUUUUCUAGACUUGGUGCGAGAAUGACAAUGAGUCGAACAAUCAAACUUUACAAGCUACCAGAGUCAACAGUCACCCCAGGGUUCAGAAAGAUGGAGCUUCAUGAUGUCCCUGCGGUUACACGGCUGCUGAGAAACUAUUUGAGCCAGUUUAUUGUUGCACCUGAUUUUGAUGAGAAUGAUGUGGAGCAUUGGCUUCUUCCGAAGGAGAAUGUUGUGGAUAGCUAUCUAGUGGAAAGUCCUGAAACCCAUGAUAUAACUGAUUUUUGCAGUUUUUACACACUUCCUUCUUCAAUUCUUGGCAAUCAGAAUUAUUCGACUUUGAAGGCAGCUUAUUCCUACUAUAAUGUUUCAACGAAGACUCCGUUGCUUCAAUUGAUGAAUGAUGCUCUUACUGUGGCAAAGAAGAAUGACUAUGAUGUUUUCAAUGCAUUGGAUGUGAUGCAUAAUGAAUCAUUCUUGAAGGAACUGAAAUUUGGGCCAGGUGACGGGAAGCUUCACUAUUAUCUUUACAAUUAUAGGAUACGAAAUGAAUUGAAGCCAUCGGAGCUUGGGCUUGUGCUUUUGUAGACAGGUGUCAGAAAUUUUGAUUGUGGCGUGAACUAAAAAGUCUUUUCAGUAAAUUGCCGUUAAUUUUUAUUGUAGGGGAAAAUUAUUUGUGGGAAUCAAUGGUUGGACUUCAGAUUAUAUUGUGUCAGCAAGCAAACAUUUUUUCUUUUUUGGGGAAUUUUAGUUGGUUUUCAUGCGUUA